AUACAGCUUUUUUAUUUAUACAUAAUUUUUUUGGUCACCGAGUUCCUGCCGCCCUUUCAGCGCGUGCUGCAGCCCGAGGAGAUGUGGCUCUAUAAAAACCCGUACGUGGAGGUGGAUCGCGUCCCCACAGCGCUCAUGUUUUUCAUUGCGUUUCUGUCUCCCUUGCUGCUCAUCGUCCUGGGGAGGCUGUUCAUGAACGCUGACCGCGAGGACACGCGGGACGCCUGCCUGGCCGCCAGCCUCGCUCUUGCCCUGAAUGGAGUUUUUACAAACGUUCUGAAGCUCGCUGUGGGGAGGCCACGGCCUGACUUCUUCUACCGUUGCUUCCCGGAUGGCCGAGCCAACUCGGAGCUGGUGUGCACGGGCGACUCCCGCAAGGUGACCGAGGGGCGCAAAAGCUUCCCCAGUGGACACGCUUCUUUUGCCUUUGCUGGUCUUGCCUUCUCUGCCUUGUACCUCGCGGGGAAGCUGCACAGCUUCGUUCCAGGCCGAGGGUGCCGAGCCAUGCGCCUCUGUGCCUUCCUCCUCCCACUCUUCCUCGCCACCCUCAUCGCCCUGUCCCGCACCUGUGACUACAAGCACCACUGGCAAGAUGUGUUGGUUGGCUCCAUGAUGGGCUUGGUGCUUGCAUACCUGUGCUACAGACAGUACUACCCUCCCCUGACAGACUCCAUGUGCCACAAACCAUCUCUGUCCAAGCCCAAACCGCUGCCAGAGCACGAGAAGCCUCCAGCUUCCAGCUUCCACCUGAACAUAUAG